CAGCAGUGUCCCAGUUCUAUCUGACUGGGUUCGACCCAAGAGCUCCGAAUCCAUCGGUUCGAGACCCAGCCCCUCGGAUUUUUGCUGCGCAACCUCACUUUUCCCUUCCGAGCAAUGAGUCUCUCGGCGAGGCGUCGCGGAAAGCCCGGAUGCGGCUCUCUGAUUGGGCGGGGCGUCUCAGUGACUUCACUCCUGGUACAAAAGGGCCCGGGUGGCGGGCGCCCGGGCAGAGCGUCCUGGCAGUGUCUCCGCGUGGCUUGUCCUGCUGAGAGUGGCGUGAACGAGCGCGUUGUCCGAAGUGCACCUGCCACCUGCCGUUUCCCUCGCCCUCGCCCUCGAGCAGCUAUGGAAGUGCAGAAGGAGGCGCAACGGAUCAUGACCCUGUCGGUGUGGAAGAUGUACCAUUCACGCAUGCAGCGCGGUGGCUUGCGGCUGCACCGGAGCCUGCAGCUGUCGCUGGUCAUGCGCAGCGCCCGGGAGCUCUACCUCUCGGCCAAGGUGGAAGCCCAGGAACCCGAGGUGCCCUUGCCGCCUGUCCGCUCCCCUGAUCCUCGCCUGCACCCGCCUCGGGAAGCGGAAGCCACAGCCAAGGCAGCGACCGGCAACGGUGAGCAGCCCUCUCCGGAACCCAUGGACACCCAGGAGGCACCGAGAGCCAAGGAGAGCCCUGCUUGCUGUGUCCAGCUCCCCGCCAAAAUCAGCCGCAAGCGGCGGAGCAGCAGCCUUAGCGAUGGUGCGGACGCCGCUCUGGUCCCGAGCAAGAAAGCCCGCUUAGAAGAAGAGGAGGAAGGGGCGUCUUCGGAGGUCCUUGAUCGCCUGCAGCCCGCUCCGGCGCAAGCGGAGGGCGCCUUCCCCAACCUGGCGCGCGUCCUGCAGAGGCGCUUCUCCGGCCUCCUGAACUGCAGUCCUGUUGCCAGCCCUCCGACGGCGUCCCCGGCGUGCGAGGCGAAGCCGGCUUGCCGCCCGGCCGACAACAUGCUCAACGUCCUGGUGCGGGCCGUGGUGGCCUUCUGAGGGUUCCAGGGCGGCGCUACCGGAGCCCAGAGCGCCGAACCGUCGGCCAGAGUACGCAGACCCGAGGCGAGGCCCACCCCCGGGGGAGCGCUCGCGGAAGCCGUGGAGAGGAGCCGUCGCCCGGGCUGCCCAGAGGCCCCGAGAGGGACUCUGCCCCCGGGGAGCCGUCGCUACCUGUGUGCAGCGGCGACGCCGAGGAGCCCGAGCCGGAGGCGCGGGCGCCUUCCCCCCAGACCUGCUGUUCCCAUCGGUGCUGUUUUAACGGACUGGGAGGUGAACCUCACCGACUCCUUCUGGAACUGGGAGAAGGGAGGCUUGGUUCUUGAAACUCCUCAGGGUUGGACUUUUUUUUUUAACUGGGGGCUAUGCUGCCCUUUCAAUAAGGUAUUUUUCAAUCGUUGGUGUUUGCGUUUCUAACUCCAGAGAAUUCCAGGCACUCCCCUUCCCCCUCCAGUGACAUACUUGUGCAAGCGGUCAUCGUUGCGUCAUGGGGCAGACGUGGGGAGCUUCCUGCUGUCGUGCGUGGGUGGGGGCCGGGAGGAGGACCUGGGGUGUGGACCGCCCUGGGGAAUGGGAGGAGGGCGGCCUGAGUCGCUGCGCCUUCCUGCGGGUUAUUGCCCGAAGCCCCUACGCCUCCGGAGGUAGAGGGCUGAUCUAAUUCCAUUUAAAAAUUUUUUUCUCAAGUGGUGCGUUAGAGGUGGUAAUAUUGUUCACCGUCUCAAGCUUGACCCACAGAAACGAUCAACCCGGACGUUCCUGGUCUGAAUCACAAAAAUGCGGGGAGCGCUGUAGGGCUGAGCUGGGAUCAGUGGCGGGCGAGACUGGCCAGUUUGGGGGAGGCGGGAGAUUCUCUCUCGCCAGGGCAUUUUGGGUUUUUGUUUGCCUUUACUGGUGGAUUCUGGUAACUCCCUCUAUCUGGCCUUUUUGCUAGAAUCGCCAGAUAGGAAAAUAAAGAUCAAUU